GAUGUUUGAAUGUCAUCCUGCUCGGAAGGGAAGUUUGACAAAACAUUUAUUUAAAAAAAAUUAGGUCUUCCUCACUCUUUACUUCAUAUGUAACUUAAUCUAAAAUGCUGAAUCUUCUGAGCUAAAGUGUCAGCAGAUUGUCAAGGAAAAUUUGCAAAACCGAAGGCUUGAAAUUUGACCGAAUUUGUCAAGUGGCGGAAGUGAUUGACGGGGAAACUAAUUUCAACAAGACACCUGCACGAGUUUAGUCGCGCGCGACACACGGUGAAGUUGCGUUCGCAUGACACGUGUACUCGUUAAACACCCAUAAAUAAAAGCCACGGAGAACUGGUGAGACUAAACAACCAACCGGAGUCCUAACCCGUGUGACCCAGUUCAUCACAGCGUCCACACCCAUUCUGUCGUAACAUUACACCAGCACGCAUGCGCGAGACUGACGUCAGCCGUUGCGCUCCGCAUGGUCGCGUGCACGCGUGUGGAUACCGGCUUGAGCCGGUAGAGAGCUGCCAAAACAGGCAGACAAGACGGUUAUCCGACCGACAGCUCGGGUUUAACGUGGUUUACAGGAAGUUUGAGAGACAAUGACUCUCAGAUAAAAGCAGAAGCUUGCUACCGUCCCCACUCCUCCGGUGGCUCACCUGUUGUAGCCAUGAAGAUGCCCAGAGACCUGUGCUGUUUGAGUCCAAAUGUUUACCCUGAGGUGCCCGAGGGUGGCUGGGGCUGGGCCGUGGCUGUGGCCUUCUUCCUGGUAGAAGUUAACACAUAUGGAGUCCUCAAGAGCCUCGGUGUCUUCCUCCAGGACCUGAUGGAGGAGUUCAAGGAGAGCAACAGCCGGGUUUCUUGGGUCAUCUCCAUCUCUGUGUUCAUCUUUGCCUUCACUGCCCCUUUGGCAUCGAUGCUGAGCAACCGCUUCGGCUACCGUCCUGUAGUAAUGAUGGGAGGCUUCCUCAUCAGCCUGGGGAUGGUCACCUCAGCCUUCACCAGCUCCCUCAACGAGAUGUACAUCACCCUCGGCAUGGUCUCAGGACUCGGAUUCUGCCUCUCCUUCAUCCCCACCGUCACCAUCUUGGCCCAGUACUUUUCCAGGCGGAGAGCCCUCGUCACCUCCAUCGCCUCCUCUGGAGAAUCCUUUGCCAUGUUUGCGUUUGCCCCUGCUUUCACCAGACUAAAGGACGACCUUGGCUGGCGCUCAUGUCUAGUCAUUAUCGGGGUGUUUCAGGCAUCUGUGAUUGGCUGUGGACUACUUCUUCGUCCAAUCAUCAUCAAGCCACCCGUAAAGGAGGAUGACCAAUCAGACUGUGUUUCUCUGAAGCAGCUGCAGAGCGUUUAUGAACUAGAAAACGAAGAAACCAGAAACUCCAUCACUUCCGUGAUCUCCAGGGGCUCUGGAGACUCGGGUGUCACUUCCCUGUCAGCAUCAGAUGAAAACCUUAGGAACUCAGAACCACAGGCCAAGUCCCUGAUGGAGUUUGUGGUGCAGGCUGAAGGAGAUCUAGAUAAGUCAGAGUCCACGCUUCCUAAUCCAGUCAGGGAGGUGUCAAAGGGAGGGGCCGGUCCUCUCCAGCCCUCUAGCCCCAGACUCCUGGACUUCUCAGUGCUGAAAGACUGGGCCUUCAUCUGGUAUUCACUCUUCGGCCUUUUUGCCUCGCUGGGGUUCUUCGCUCCACAGCUCUACAUCAUUGAGCUGAGUAAGAGUCGGGGCGUGGAGCCCAGCAUGGCCUCCUGCAUGCUGUCUGUGAUGGCCAUCGCUGAUGUCUGUGGCCGCCUAGCCAUCGGGAUUGUGUUGAACAGGGUUCGCUGUAGGAAAACCCUGGUGCUCCUGGGCUGUGUGAUUCUCAUGUGUCUGGUUCUGGUGGCCUUUACAGUCGUGUGGGAGUUCUGGGGCCUGGUGGUCUGCUGUGCCCUCUAUGGGUUCUUCAUGGGUACUGUGGGCUCCACACACAUCCCUCUGCUGGCUGAGGAGGAGGUGGUGGGCAUCCAGAAGAUGCCUUCAUGUGUGGGUGUCUAUGUCUUCAUUCAGAGCUUUGCUGGACUGGCUGGACCACCACUAGGAGGUGUGCUGGUGGACGUCACACAGAACUACGGAGCUGCCUUUUACUCGUGUGCAGCAGGGAUGGGUCUCAGCGCCAUCUGCUUGGCUCUGGUUGGCAUGGCAAAUCCCACAAUGUGCCGAAGGCACGCAAGAAACAAGGACCUGGGCACAGAUGAGCAGGAGAAAAUGUCCCAGGACAGCCAGCAGGUGGACUUCUUGGAGGUUGACUUAGCUGAAGAUGAUCUAGUCAGAUGGGCUGCAGGUCUGAACGAAACCACAGUUAUUUAAGCAUUUUACCUCACUGUAGAAAAGGACCAGAACCAAGAAGAACCAGAGACCUGAUAGAGGUUGGGAUGUCCUCAGGUGUUGAUCUGUAAUAGAAAGUCCCAACUCCAAAGACUUGUUUGAGUCCAAAGAUCUGGCACUGCUAAGAGCACAAAAUAAAGUGCAAAAUGUCAUCAUUACACACGUUAGAUAAUUGAGUUUUCAAAAUAAAAGCUCCUGCUGACUGAAGUUUAGAAUAAGCCUACACCGUCUUGCCGAAGUAAAAUGUAUUACCUCUAGGAUGGCUUCCUGGGACCAGCGUUUGUUUACAUCCAGAAGACUCGAUGUUGGUGAGUCAGCAGGUUGUUGAGCAGAGCGGGUCCCGCAUCAGAUCCAGUUCUGCUGGACUGUAGGACUCGUGAAGUCGGUUAGACUCCAGAACCAGACUGUCCUUAUGUCACCUGUUGGUGCUCUGUUAUCACAACACACACGUUAAAGGUGCAGUAUGUAAGAAUAUAGGAGGAAUUUUACUGAGAAAAUCCCAAAAGAGAAGGAAGGUCACACUGAAACAUGUUUCAUGUCCAGCUGCUUGCUGGAUUGUCAGCUUUUCUCCUUUCAAAACAAAGGAAGGAGGGAUGUUGCUACUGUUGAGCAUCAGUGAGCGUGGGGGUGUCGUGUCCUGCGAGCUGAUGCUGCAGCGCCCACUAGUGUAAUGUGACGAUGGCCGGCGAAAAGCUCCAGAGUUGUUGGAAGUGGUUGCGCCACAUCUGACUACAGGAUGGCCUUUUUACUUCAUUUCUACAUAAUGCACCUUUAAGUGUGUAAAAUUAUGAUUAACUGAUUUGAGACUCCAGUUCUUGCUGCCUCAGGUCGUGUCUUUGUACACCUCCCACACACAGUUUUAAUAGUUUACCAUUUUUAUUUAAUGUUCUUUUUUAUCCUUUUUCUUAUUUUAAUAAAAUUCCAGGCAGGUUCCUUGCUGUUCUUCAUUCUCAUGUCUUUUCUUACUGAAUAAAAUGUCCAAACUGAA